GAAGAUAUACAAGUCUACUGAAUUUGUUUAAAUCAUUUUGCUUCUUUUCUAGUAAAAUCACGAUGGAGAUGCAAUAUACUUUGAGAUUAAUUACUUUAUUACUACUUCUUCACACUGUAAGGGCUGUGACUUUAUCCUCGACAUCCCCAUCUUUCUCUCCAAUCGUCAUUCAGGCUGAUUAUGGAAUAAAUUAUACAAAAACCAUAAACGCUACGAUCGAAUAUGUGUUUUUGUAUCCCACUAGCAAUAUAUCCUUGGAAACCGCAAGAAUCAAGAUAGAAAGCAACGCAACUCAUAGUUUGCCGUUGAUAAUAGUAGUGCGUCAAACAACUGGUAUCCUAUCUUGGCAAAUACCUUUGCUUGUCAACGGCGUGAACUUAGAUACUGUGACAUAUAACAAGACUAGUCGUACUCUGUGCUCCACCAAGUAUUAUCGAUAUGCACAAAACGACGAGGAAUAUGUUAUUGUCGGUAUCUCCACAGCCAGUCGCGAUAAUAUCUUCUUUCAAAUCAGCGUGGUUGAAAUUACAGACUUUUAUUUAAAUUCUGGAACUGAAGUAGAGGUACAGAUUUCUCCAUCUGAACCUAUAUAUUAUGGCUACAUCUUCUCAAAACAGGAGAACUCCUCUGUCAUUGUUCGCGUCGAAUCGGAUAAUGAUGUCUGUAUGACCGUGUCUAUACAAAAUACUUCGUGUCCUGUAUUCGAUUUGGAACGAAACAUCGAGUUUUCUGGACACUGGCAAACUAUGAGUAGAAGAGGAGGUAUUACAGUACCGAGGGAGGCUUAUCCAUUAGGAUUCUUCGUUGUACUUGUCGUCAAAGGGGAGGACACCGAUUGCAAUGGGUUAUCAAGUAGUAAUCCUCUUCGUACUAAAAAUGUUACGUUAAUCGUAAAUCCUACUAUUACUAAACGGGAUUAUGUUGUUGCAUCGGCAUCCGCGGCGGCAAUUGUAUUAGGUUUUUGUAUCUCUUAUAUAAUGGCUGUAAUAGUAUUCAAUAUCAGAGAGACCAAGAAACUUGCGACGCAAGAACCGAUAAACGAACAAAGCCAAGAUGUUAACGAGCACGUACCGAGUCCGUCGACGAAUAGUCCGAAAAAAUGGGAUUCUGUAGAAGAAGAUUCAUCUCUGGAUGAGGACGAUAUAGAUCUAAUGGAAGAUGCUCUCUCCGAUAAGGACGUAAUACGAACGAAGGUCAUCCUCUCGGUUUGCGAUCUCGCUCGCAAAGAACCGAGGAUAUUGCGACAUAAAUCUCGUUUAUACUUAUAUUAUUUGGCAACCGUCGCAAUAUUCUAUACCUUGCCGGUCGUGCAAUUGGCGGUGACAUAUCAGCGUGUACUUCAUACAACCGGCAAUCAAGAUAUGUGCUAUUACAAUUUCUUGUGCGCCCAUCCGCUGGGACUACUGUCCGAUUUCAAUCACGUGUUCUCAAAUUUCGGAUACGUUAUGCUGGGUUUACUGUUCAUAUUUCUAACUUCCUCUCGAGAGCACCACGAGCCGGAUCAGGAGAAAACAAAAUGCUAUGGCAUACCGCAACAUUACGGUCUGUUUUAUGCAAUGGGCACUGCAUUAAUAAUGGAAGGUAUAUUGUCGGCGAGUUAUCACGUGUGCCCUAGCCGUAGUAAUUUUCAAUUUGACACCAGCUUCAUGUAUGUAAUCGCUGUGCUGUGUAUGAUCAAAAUUUAUCAAAAUCGCCAUCCCGAUAUAAACGCUAGAGCACCGGUAACAUUUGGAAUGUUGGCUGUUAUAAUAUUCGCAGGACUGAUCGGAGUUCUAAAUGGUUCUAAGACCUUUCUGAUAAUAUUUUCUAUCCUGCAUUUACUAAUAUGCUUCUUUCUGACUGUGCAAAUAUAUUACAUGGGACGAUGCAAAUUCAACAGAAGCGUUUUUAAAAGAGUGAUACAGGUAUGUAAUCUAUUUAAUAUCACGCACUGUCGCAAGACAUUUGCCAUUGGUAUCUUGCAGAGAUUCAAGCACGAGGCACGCUGCGGCAUAUGGCAUUUACUUCGACCGCUUUAUCCCGCAAGAUUCAUAAUGCUCGUAUUAGCGAAUUUAUGUAACGUCGGUCUCGCGGUAUUCGGAAAUAUGUAUCAGCAAGGCAACUUCGCUACAUUUUUACUGGCUAUAUUGAUGUCCAAUUUAAUUUUAUAUACAUUCUUUUACAUAAUGAUGAAGUUGUGCCAUAGGGAACGGAUUCUUCCUACACCCGCGAUUUAUAUUUUCCUAUCCAUGCUAUUUUGGGGAGCAGCCUUGUACUUCUUCGUGAAUAAAACUAUUUCUUGGGCUCUUACACCGGCCCAAUCCCGCCUGUACAAUAAACCUUGCGCAUUAUGGAACUUUUUUGAUUCCCAUGAUAUCUGGCACUUUCUCUCUGCACUAGCAAUGUUCUUUUCAUUUAUGGUAUUACUUACUUUAGAUGAUGACUUAACAGAUGUACAUCGGAGUCAAAUACCAGUUUUUUAAGGAUAAUCUUCUACGUAGGUUUGAGAAUUAUGUGAAACUUUACAAUUUUUUAUGAGGUAUUCUCUCGAAUGUACAUACAUGGUAUAUAGUUUAUAUAAUAUACCUAAUAGUAAUUUUACAAAAAAAAUUAUAUCAAAUAUAUAAAAGGCUUGGGAGAGAGAGCGUGUGCGUGUGUAUUUCUUGUGAUAGAAACGUGCUAGUGAGUAUUGUCUGCACCAAAGAAUGCGUGUGACGUUCGAUUAAACCGAAUAAAUGUAUAGACGCAUACAAUGUUACAAUAAACAAAUUUUAAUUCCAGUGCUUCGAUGGCACUUUUUAUGAAGAAUGUGAUAAUGUUUGAAAAUGAAAAUAUAUAUCUUCCGCGCAAAACGUAGAAAGAAGAAAUUAACAUAGAGAAAAAACAUUUAACGUUAUACAUAGAAUGUUUACAUUUUUGCAUCUGUCGUAAGAUAAUGUUAUUUAAAUGCGGCAGUUGCGCGAGCAUAUUGUUCAUCAAUGUCAAAGUCUCUUACAAUGUUUUCCUUCGAAAAAUAAAUAUACAUUUUAUAUA